GCAGCCCAAGCCCGUGGGCGCGCGGCCAAAACCCCAGCCAAAACCGCCGCUUCUCGUCUUCUCUCCCGUGCUCGCGGCAAUCAUAGUCGCAACCGAAACGCCAACGCGGCGCCCUCCUCGCAACGCCACCCCGCAACGCCCGCUCGUCCGAUCGCCCUGCUGCGUUGAUCCAACGCGGCCGGCCACUUGAACCCCGAUGGAGCUCGCCGCCGGGAAGGGGGUGGCCCCGCGGCUGAUGGCCGCCAGUCUCCUCCCCAGACGCAGCUGGCGAGUGCGCGCGGAGGUGACCGGGGUUGGCUGGGUCCGUCGCGCGACCGCGCCGAGGCUCUCGCUGCUCCCCGCCGUCGCGGGGGGAGGCCACUUGCUUCCCAGGCACGUCGUUCGCUCAGGCCCAGCAGGCGGCACACGCGAUGGGGGGUUCAGCGGCGAGGAGGCCGAGGGCGACCGACCGUUCCCGGCGCGUGCGGCUCCCUCGGAUGACGUGAAGGAUGCUGAUGCCGCAAACAAUUCAGUUGGGGAUCAUCCUGGAGGAAUUAGGAAGGAACUCAUGAAUCUGGCUGUACCGGCCAUAAUUGGGCAAGCAAUCGAUCCUGUGGCGCAGUUACUGGAGACCGCGUAUAUUGGCCGUUUAGGUCCGGUGGAGUUGGCUUCAGCUGCUGUUGGUGUGUCUGUAUUCAACAUUAUAUCCAAGCUCUUCAACAUUCCGCUCCUAAGCAUCACAACUUCGUUCGUAGCUGAAGAUGUUUCAAGACUUGAUUCUUCACAGUCUGCUUCGGGAAAUAUAUCGAGCGAGAUUGGACAAAGGAAGAGGCUGCCCUCCAUAUCUUCUGCUAUCCUCUUGGCAGCUGCAAUUGGUGUCGUUGAAGCCUCAGCUUUGAUUCUGGGGUCUGGAAUACUCCUCAACGUCAUGGGUGUCUCCCACGCAUCAGCUAUGCACAAUCCAGCAAGGUUAUUCCUUGCUGUAAGAGCACUUGGUGCUCCUGCUGUUGUAGUUUCUUUGGCUAUUCAAGGUGUCUUUCGUGGACUGAAAGAUACAAAAACACCUCUACUCUACAGUGGUUUGGGCAACAUUUCAGCCGUGGUUCUACUUCCCUUUUUUGUGUAUUUCCUGAACCUUGGAUUACGUGGAGCUGCACUUGCAACUAUUGCUUCACAAUAUCUUGGUAUGCUUCUACUUCUCUGGUCUUUAAGCCAAAGAGCAGUUCUACUACCACCAAAAAUCGAAGACCUAGACUUUGUUGGGUACAUAAAAUCUGGUGGCAUGCUGUUAGGGAGAACCCUUUCCGUUCUGAUAACAAUGACCCUUGGAACUGCAAUGGCUGCUCGGCAAGGCACACUAGCUAUGGCCGCUCAUCAAAUAUGUCUGCAAGUAUGGCUGGCAGUAUCAUUACUUUCGGAUGCAUUGGCUGUUUCUGCCCAGGCGUUGAUUGCAAGUUCAUUUGCUGAACUUGACUAUGAAAAGGUGAAGGAGGUCACGUACUAUGUAUUGAAGACAGGAGUAUUUGUUGGUAUUGCUUUAGCACUUCUUCUGUUUGCCUCUUUUGGUAGACUUGCAGAACUAUUCUCCAAAGAUCCCAUGGUUAUACAAAUUGUGGGGAGUGGUGUUUUGUUUGUUAGUGCUAGUCAGCCAAUCAAUGCCCUUGCUUUUAUCUUCGAUGGACUUCAUUUUGGUGUGUCAGACUUCUCGUACUCAGCUUCCUCCAUGAUGGUAGUUGGGGCACUAUCCUCUUUAUUUUUGUUGUAUGCUCCACAAGUUUUUGGCCUUCCUGGUGUUUGGGCUGGCCUUGCUCUUUUCAUGAGUUUGCGUAUGACCGCUGGAUUUUUGAGAUUGGGAUGGAGAGCAGGACCAUGGUGGUUUUUGCACCAGAAAGAACCGAAAUACAAGCUACAGUCAAGAAAAUGUUGAUGCCAGCAGCUGAUUAGCCAAAUGACAAGAUUAGGAUGGAGAAGGGGAGUCAUAAAAGGCGCACUGCAAUUUCCAAACAUGUUUACUUAGCAUUAUGUUGACUGCUGUUUGUGUCUUGGACCAUUAGGUAGUUUUGGAACUUACAGUUCAAGAUUAAAGGUACAUCAGACGAAGUUCACUUGUAUAUUUAACAUAGGUGAUGAUUGUUCAUUGUC